GCGUGGCCCGGAUGGGUCUUCCGCCUCUCCAAGGGUUACUUCCUGAUUGAGAGGCGAUCCCUGCGGACGCUGAGUGUGGUGGCGCUGGGCGGGCCGGCGGGCUGGGCUGCGGCCCGCGCGCUGCCGGCGAUGCUCGGAGGCAGCUCCGGGGCUCGAGAGCGCGAAGCAGAGGGCGACGGGGCGGGGGCUUUGGCUGCACCACCCGCCAUCGACUUCCCCGCCGAGGGCCCUGACCUCAAGUAUGAUGAAUCUGAUGUUCCAGCAGAACUCCAGGUGUUAAAAGAACCCCUACAACAGCCAACUUUCCCUUUUGCAGUUGCAAACCAACUAUUGCUUGUUUCUUUGCUGGAGCACUUGAGCCAUGUGCAUGAACCAAACCCAGUUCGUUCAAGACAGGUGUUUAAGUUACUUUGCCAGACUUUUAUCAAAAUGGGGCUUCUGUCUUCCUUCACUUGUAGUGAUGAAUUUAGCUCAUUGAGACUACAUCACAACAGAGCUAUUACUCAUUUAAUGAGGUCUGCUAAGGAGAGAGUUCGUCAGGAUUCUUGUGAGGAUAUUUCCCAUAUCCCGAAAAUCAGAUCAAAGGAAAUAGCCUUUGAAGCACAGACUUCACGUUACUUAAAUGAAUUUGAAGAGCUUGCCAUCUUAGGAAAAGGUGGAUAUGGAAGAGUAUACAAGGUCAGGAAUAAAUUAGAUGGUCAAUAUUAUGCAAUUAAAAAAAUCCUGAUUAAGGGUGCAACUAAAACAGAUUGCAUGAAGGUACUAAGGGAAGUGAAGGUGCUGGCAGGUCUUCAGCACCCUAAUAUUGUAGGCUAUCACACUGCAUGGAUAGAACAUGUUCAUGUGGUCCAGCCACACGCAGACAGAAUUUCCAUUCCGUUGCCAUCUCUGGAAAUGCUCUCUGACCAGGCAGAGGACAGAGAUGAAUAUGGUGUUAAAAAUGAUGAAAGUAGUAGCUCAUCCAUUAUCUUUGCUGAGUUUACCUCAGAAAAAGAAAAACGCUUUGGAGAAUCUGAUGUUGAAAAUCAGAAUAACAAAUUGGUGAACUAUACCACCAAUUUAGUCAUAAGAGACAACAGUGAAUUGGAAUCGUCCAUUGAGCUCCAAAAAAAUAGCUUGGCUGAUUUGUCUACCAGAUCGAUCGUUCAGCAGCAGCUGCCACUUAGGCAUAAUUCAGACCUAGAAGAGGAUUUCACAUCCACCGAGGAAUCUUCUGAAGAAAACUUCAACUUGUUGGGGCAGACAGAGGUGCAGUAUCACCUGAUGCUGCACAUCCAGAUGCAGCUGUGUGAGCUCUCCCUGUGGGAUUGGAUAGUCGAGAGGAAUAAGCGCGGCCGAGAGUGUGUGGACGAAUCUGCCUGUCCUUAUGUUAUGGCCAGUGUUGCAACGAAAAUUUUUCAAGAAUUGGUGGAAGGUGUGUUUUACAUACAUAACAUGGGAAUUGUACACAGAGAUCUGAAGCCUAGAAAUAUUUUUCUUCAUGGCCCUGAUCAGCAAGUAAAAAUAGGAGACUUUGGUCUGGCCUGCACAGACAUCAUACACAAGAACACAGACUGGACCAAUGGAAAUGGGAAGAGAAUACCAACACAUACUUCCAGAGUGGGUACUUGUCUGUAUGCUUCACCUGAACAGCUGGAAGGAUCUGAGUAUGAUGCCAAGUCAGAUAUGUACAGCUUGGGUGUAAUCCUGCUGGAGCUCUUUCAGCCAUUUGGAACAGAGAUGGAACGAGCAGAAGUUUUAACAGGUUUGAGAACUGGUCAGAUACCUGAAUCCCUCAGUAAAAGGUGGCCAGUACAAGCCAAGUAUAUCCAGCACUUAACUAGAAGGAACUCAUCCCAGAGACCAUCUGCUGUUCAGCUGCUGCAAAGCGAACUUUUCCAAAAUUCUGGAAAUGUUAAUCUUACCCUACAGAUGAAGAUAAUAGAGCAAGAAAAAGAAAUUGAAGAACUAAAGAGGCAGCUAAACCUCCUUUCUCAGGACAAAGGGGUGAAGGACAGCAUGAAAGACGGCGGUGUACCUGUCUAGCCUUAAUUAGGCUAUGUCGGUAAUAUGAAAGUGGACUUAAAACUCUUAAAAUUGUUAA